GGAACGCCAUCAUGGGCGUGGCUCGCCAAACUCUCGAGUAUUAUCCUCUCCGUGUCGGUUAGAAUUCAUCCGAUAGGGAAACGAGAGGCGCACGGAAAUCCUGAUCCCUCCCUGCAUCCGCACGCGCAGGCGCGUAUAAUCCGCGCAAUGGCUCUUCGUUAAAAACGUUGAACUAAGAGCACAGCAAACCGGAACAAGAGAAUGUACGACCCCAAAAUGAAAGGGAUGGGUAAGAAGAGGAGGAGACGUCAAGGGAAGAGAGAAUCGGAGCACGUACCACCAUCCAUGUGUGAUGUAUUUGCGGCCCGUAUCAAAGAGAAUCCAGCAGCACCUUAUCGUCUCUCUGUUUUCCAUUUUGACUGGAUUCAUCAGUUUUUUUUUUUUUAAAUCUCUAUUGAAUUAUUAAAAAAGCCAACAUUUUCCACGAAUGAUUUGACCUUUAACUGGUUAUUGUACACGGAUAUUUUUUUAAGUACAUUCCACCUCUUCGUCAGUGAAUUUUUACAACGAUCGUCACCUGUGUGGACCCAAUCCAUCGAAAUUCGAGUUAGUUUAUUGCCGGAUUGAUUGGACAAAAUAAAAAAAAAUACUUAAAGAAAAGGCCAACGCUUGCGGAUGCUGCAGCAAGGCACUCGUCGAGUCAUGGAGACGGCUGAUUUUGGAGGAUUCCAGCCAUCUGUGAUGACUUUGUGUCUGCCCAGUCAGUAUCAUCAUCACAAUCAUCAUCAUCAUGUGAGUGGUCACGGCAGUGCGACAGGAGGAUCCGAUUCAUUCCGUCCGUACGGUGGCAAUCCGUCGUCUUCGUCGGCGGCUGCCGUGGCUGCUGCAGCCGACCUCAGUCUCUUCUCGCCGAUGAGCGACAGUCUGAAACCAGCUCAUCACGGCCACUACGGCGGAGGAGGGGCUGGAGGCAGUCAGCCGUCGCACAAGCUAAUGUCAAUCAUCAAGAGUCAAGCCGGAUUGAAUAGCGAGGUGGAAAGAAUCUCUUCAUCUUCGAGUCUGACCAACGUCGGCGGCUCGAAUUUAAACAAGUUGAGACAGUCGACAGUUCCCCCGACUUCUUCCGCAACCGCCUCGUCUCCGAGCCGGACAGCUUGUUCCUCUUCUUCAGCUUCAAUUUCGCAUCAUUUCAAUCUGGUUGUUGGCGGCAAAGAAGUCGGCACCACAGGAAUGCAUCCUUCCCUAUCACCGUGGUUUAUCCAGCAACAACAACAACAACAACAACAACAGAAACCGAUGGGCAGUAACAAGAAGAGGCGCCAGCUGUCCGAAUCCGCUUCAGGUAGCGACGAUGACCACUACCAUCCGGAUGAUAGCGGUCUGUUACUGGAACAUCACAGCCUGUCAGAGGGCGAGACAUCCGGUGGAGGUGGCGGAAGGAUUGGUCCCUCCCAUCAUCAUCCAACUGUUAUGGGUUUAACCGCUUCCACCGGACACUUAGGUGCCGGAAUGCCGCUAAACGGAAGCACUGGACUUGUGUCGAACAAUUCCGUCGGCGGAUCGUCGCGCAAAAAUCGGCAAGGCAAAGCUGUCCGGCUAAGCAUCAACGCUCGCGAACGGAGACGGAUGCACGACUUGAACGACGCGUUGGAUGAAUUGCGGAGCGUCAUCCCGUACGCUCACUCUCCGUCGGUGCGCAAAUUAUCUAAAAUUGCGACGUUACUCCUGGCCAAGAAUUACAUCAUGAUGCAAGCGAACGCCCUGGACGAACUGAGAAGAGUCGUCACCUACAUGAACCAAACGACGGGACUAUCCAUCCCGGCUUCCGUCGCGUCCAUGAUGACUAAUCCGCCUGGAAGUAAUAUGCAAUCGAGUGGCAACGGUAGUCCCGUCGGUCCUCCUGCGACGCCCGCAACCAAUGGACAAACAUCACCGCCAUUAUUGCCGUCUGCGGAGUCUGUUUGUUUGAACGGAAUGCUGGCCGCCGAAUCGAGCAACGGCAGCAGCAGUAACAGCAGCAGUUUCGCUAUCUCCGGGCUACUCAAUAAAUCAUCGCCCGCGCCAUCCGCAUCAGCAGGCAAGGCCAUCACUACCAACAAUGGUCAAUAACCCUUUCACAAACUAUUAAACAUUUAGGAUCUCUUCAACCGACAAAAGAAAACGAGAAAACAACCCAAAAAAAUAAAAAAGGAAAGGCCAUUCCGGUUUUGUUUUUCAUUGUAUUUGUGUUUUGUUUUCGUUUUUAUUCUUUUGUUUUUUUUUUUUGUUUUUUGACGUUGUUGACUUUCUUGUCCGACCUUUUCAGCAAACAUGACAAACCAAAUAUUUAAUCUAGUCAGUUUGUUUACGUGCGUGUAAAUAACGAGCCGUAUUACUUUCAGUCUCAAUUUGUAUAAUUUUUCCAUACGCAUCGCCACCGCUGCGUUUCUCAUUUUCUCUCUCUAUUCAAGUCGUUCAGACAGCCGUUGAUUAUUCAAUGUAUUACAUCCUUUUAGCUGAAUAAUUCCACGAAAGAAGAAAGCAAACAAAAAAUGCCGAAAUUGAAACUGUGUCGUGUUAUCAUAAUAUAUUAGCUUGAAAUUGA